UAUAAACUUAUAUCUAGCAGGUCAUCCUUCUAGAUCCAAGGACAUUGUCUAUACCGCCUCUUACUGAGGAGUCCCUUCAUCGCUCGUCAUGUCGCUGUCGAAGCAACGUAUCUCUUCGCCUUUAGAGGCAGGACCUUCGAUUCUCGAUGCCUACAACCUACCUUCUCACUUAACAGAAGCAUUAGAGUAUACGUCCAAGAGGCUUGCGAGGAAAGCCUUGCAUAUUACCCUGGUUGUUGUUCGGAAGGAAUAUCAACUCCCGAGCGUGGUGCCACCAUGUCCCACGCCUACUUCGCCUCCGCCUACGCCGGGGAUUAUGUCUCCACGCUUUGCUUCGCCUGUCAUAGGGCUGAGGCAACUGGUCCGAAGGGGCACAGGAAACUCGACGUCUACAGUAUCAUCUACAACAUCAGACUCUUUACCUAGCACAGCUGUGUCGUCUUCGUCAUUUCCGCCUCCACCCACGGAGCCGCUUGUUAGCCCUCGUCGUUGGGUUGUGCCCCCAACACCUGGUACACCGUUUCCUCGCACGCCGAUGACACCCCAAACGCCAUCCAGCGUCCUUACAGCCUCCUCGACGACCUCCCUAACACAGGGGCCAAACGAGUUUGGCAUUCGGUUGAUCCACACCAGCUUACUCGCCCCUAAAGCCGAGAAGACAUUACGGACUACCAUCCUCAAAGCGGAGCGAAGGUUUCGUAUAGGUACCAGCUGGUUGCCUCCAGCCGCGACUGCAUCCGCAUGCGGCCUAAACGAAGAUCUUGUUCGCAGAAGUAUGCUGCAAAACGAGGUGUUAUUCUCGUCGGAAGGCUUAACGUUACUUGGUCUCGACAGACUAUAUAGUUUUAAAUCCGCCCUUGCCGUCUAUGCGCGCUUCACAUACGGCACCGCUACUUUACACUCUCCCAUCUCACCCACUGCAAAGACACCAGAUAGCACACGUCUUGAAGAUGCGGUAGAUGCAUUACGGCGCCUUGUCCUUGCCAAUGGCGGACGGCCCAUAUCGAAAUCAGAUCUCCUCCGGAGCUACGACUGGCUCGGGGUAAACUCGCGAGCGUUGAAAGAUGUGGAGAGCAUGUAUAGACGAGCAUACGGAGGCCCGGACCGAACCGGGGCCUUCGAAAUGACCCACGAGGAACGGGAGCGGGAGCGGGAGACAAAACCCGUGAUAAAAAUCGGCGCACCGCCUCCGCCCAAGACACCGCCCAGAACACAGACAACACCCGUGCUGAAGCUAAACACCCAACUAGCAACCGCCACAACGACACGAAUCUUCAAGCCGACGGCUAAACUUGUGCCUCAGGUAGCGGCGCAAAAAGCACCCGUAGUAGCAAACACAGAUAAGCGCGACGCCGACAAACCACACGGCGCGGGGGAUACACAACAGGCAGAAAUCAAACCCUCCUCCAGCUUUCUCUACGAUGACGAUGACGAUGGCGAAAGCAGAGAGGAAACCAACGGCGAGGGAGACCGCACGGCCCGCCCAGCACCGGGCCUAGCGUUCUGGAGCAGCGCCUCGAUCGACUCGAUGAUGCUGCUAUCGUCGUCGUCGUCGUCGUCGCUGCGCGAGAGCCAGCAGUCGCAGCGGCUGGGGCCGCUGACGCCGAACGGGUACGAGGACAUAUCGCCGGUGACGCGCGGGGAGUGGGGGUUUUUGUUCAAGGGCGAUGGGUGGCAGCUGGGGAAGACGGCGGCGGUGGAGACUUGUUAGGGAUUGGAUGGGUAGAUACUACCUAAGUUACAUAUAUACCUAGGUUAGGUUACUUGGUUGCUGUAUGCUGUGGACAGAGAUUGCAUAUAUAGGUACCUAUAUAUAUAUAUAUAUAUAUACCUGCUUUUAUAUAAGCUACCUACCUAGGUUAGAUACCCGCCCGACGGUUUGAUUCUCGGCGUCGUGUAAGUAUAUUCGAAUUAGGAUAGGAUAGGACAGGCGCUUACUUCACUGGGUAGGAUGAUAAUGGAUAAAGAAAUAACUCAUGAUAUCUC